AUGGCCCCAAGCAUCACAACCGCAAUGGAUGGCACGAUAGAGCUUCUCAAACGUGACGCCAGCUCACCCUCAAACUUCCCUCUCUAUGUCUUUGCCAUUAUUGUUGGCUGUGUUGCAAUCGUUCUCAUUGGAUUCGGCAUCUGGACCAUGUACCACGGAAUGGAAGACGGAACAUUCCACGACAUCGGCUACGAGCAACGAAAAUACUUGCGUGAAGUGCGACAGAGAAACAUCAACAGUCUGGCAGCCAUAGCAAGAAGGCCGGACAUGAUUGUCCCUAUUGAGGAAUUGAAUUAUUGA